AUUUUGAAAUGGUGCCCCAUACACCAUAAUCUAGGUCAUUACCUGUGGGAAGAGCAGUCGGAGAGGUAGACCUGUCAGCUGCUUGGAACCGGCCCGCGCUGAGUUCGAAAGGAGAGUGAAAAAAACAAAUUGUGACAUCACAGGAAAGAAGAAAUUUGAUUGGUUGGAGAAGAAGCUAUCUGUUUGGUGAGUGUAUGGAAGAAGAUGCUGCCAAACCCAUAGUGAAAGAGGAGGUGUUGAGACACUGAACGAGGAAGGAUAUACUUGCCAUAGACGAUGUAUAGUGGAGGUUCAACAAACUCCAUCCUGGGAUGGCGAGAUUGCCCUAUGAGGAGAGAAUAAGGAGACUGGGCUGUAUUCUCUAGAGUUUGGAAGAAUGCGAGGCCCGCGGCUAGGUCUGGCGAGACUUUUAUCAGAGCUGCGCUGUACCCCUGGACAGUUUGCUUGUAACACUGGAACUAUUCAGUGUAUUCCUCAAACCUGGCACUGUGAUGGCUGGCAGACCUGUGAAGAUGGCAGCGAUGAGCUGGAUUGUCCAGGUGUAAUUGGCGAUCACCAGGUACACCAUGUGAAGGAAACAGUGGACUUGAAACAUGGGCGUGGCAGAGGAGCUGAGGACACCCGCUUCUACCCUGUCAACGUGGGCCAGCCAUUUCAUUUCACCCGGAAGUGCCCUACUGGCUGGCAUCACUAUGAAGGGACAGCAAGCUGUUACCGAGUGUAUCUGAACAGCGAGAAUUAUUGGGAUGCUGUCCAGACAUGUCAGCAAGUGAAUGGAUCACUGGCCACCUUCACAACUGAUCAGGAGCUGCGAUUCAUACUGGCAGAAGAAUGGGAUCUGGACGAACAGCCAGUGAGCCGCAAGGACCAGCGCAGAUUCUGGGUUGGUUAUCAAUACAUGGUAACCAACCGAAGUCACACCUCACUUCAGGGGCAGUGGGAAGUAGCCUACAAGAGUAGUUCCACAGAAGUGUUCCUUCCCCCAGAGAAGGUAACGUUUUUUGGGAUGACCAUCUCUGAGCAGGAAAACGUAUUAUGUGCUCAGCUGCAAUGCUCCCACUUCCCCAGCCUGCGGCACCAUGGCUUACACAGCUGGUAUGCAGAGAACUGCAAUGAAAAGUCAGCAUUUCUUUGCAAGAGAAGUCAAACCUGUGUGGAUAUAAAAGAUAACGUAGUGGACGAGGGCAAAUACUUCACUCCAAAGGGCAAUGACCCAUGUUUGAGCUGCACCUGCCACAACGGUGAGCCUGAAAUGUGUGUGGCAGCCCUGUGUGAGCGGCCCCAAGGCUGUCAGCACUACGAGAAGGACCCGAAAGAAUGCUGCAAAUUCACCUGCCUCGACCCAGAUGGCAGCAGUAUUUUUGACUCCAUGGCGAGUGGAAUGCGUUUGAUUGUAAGCUGUAUCUCCUCCUUCCUUAUCCUCUCGCUGCUACUUUUCAUGGUUCACCGGUUGCGACAGAGACGCAGAGAGAGAAUAGAGUCUCUCAUUGGGGGCAACUUGCAUCAUUUUAACCUUGCACGAAGUGGAAUGCCAGGCUUCGAUUAUGGCCCAGAUAGCCUUGGAUCAGGUUUAACUCCUUUACAUCUUUCUGAUGACGGUGAGGGAGGAGCAUUCCACUUCCAUGACCCUCCACCUCCAUACACAGCUUAUAAAUACCCAGAUAUACAACAUCCCGAUGACCCACCACCUCCAUAUGAAGCGUCCAUCAAUCCAGACAGCAUGAUUUGUGUUAGCCAAGAUGGUGAUCGUGGGCAGGUGGUAGAGCCGAGCAGCCAGCUACCCAUAGCAGAGGGGGCUAUUGGAGAACAGGCAGAUGCCGCAAACUUUACCUUACCGACUGUCAUAGAGGAGCUGGAAGAUUCAGCUGACAGCUGUACCUUGCUAGUGCCACAUGACACCUGCUUAGAGAGUGGAGCAUUAAGCAGUCACUCCUCAAUAAAUACUGUUGUAUAAAUGGAUGGGUUUAUCCUUGAUUUUUGGAAUAAGAGCGGAUGUUUGCACAGUGCUGUACAGACAAACAUUAGUCAGAUGACUAAAAAAGGCUUUAGUUCUGGUUUCCAGCAGUCAGAUUUCCUGUUUCAAUGAGCGAGUUGAUCCUUUUUGUAUAUAUUGAUGGUGGAAUCAGCACAUUUUCCUGGAGACAGGUACAAUAGGACUUUAAGAAGCUAAUGGGCGGCUGUUUUUUGUGUUUUUUUUAAUAUAGACGUCUGAAUGCAGGACUUGGAAUUGAGAAGCUGGAAGAGACUUGAGGAGGUAGUAGUUCUGCAUGCUGAAUAAAUACUGGCAUCACAAAGUUCUCUCAUAACCAGAGCUUUCGGACCAGGAACUGAUGGGGCCCAUUGUUGGAAAGAGCUGAAAGAUAUUUGUAGACAAACAGAAGUGCACUCGCCAUUCUGUGCUGUCACUGGGGCACAAGAAUGGUGGAGGUGAGCUGUGCACUAGGGUGGAGGGUAGUUGGGGUAUGCAUAUGUUGCACAGGCUGCUUAAGGGUCUCAUUGUGGGGGUGGUGGUGGGGGACAGGUGGUCACAGACUGGGGAUAUUACUGGCCAUCUGGGUGGGCUGGGGCAGCAGUAAUGUGGGGAGACCAGAGGCUCUUGGGGGGUGGGGGUUGCAGGCCCUCUCGAGCUGUGGGCACUUCUUCAAGCUCUCUCAGGGGAGGGAGUUUGCAGGCUGUCUCUGGUCUUGCAGGGCAUGGGAGAUUACUGGCUUUCUCAGGGUGAGGGGGGCAAAGUACUUAGGAUCUCAGUAGGACAGGGGCCGAGCAUCUGAAUUAGGGGUAUUAUACAAUAAUGGAAGGUUUUUGUUCGGUUUGGUUUCUUUUUGCCAGUACGGUAUCAAUAGCAAUAUGUUCAGCAAGCUGGGUGUAGGCUGUACUCCCAUCCCAGGCUGUUGAUUGGGGUACAGUGGGAGAGAGCCCAGGUUUCUGAAUGGUGGAUCGAAUGGUGGAGGGUAUCAGUCCUGCAUAAUUUAGGGUUACAGAGUCCGAGAGCACAUUCCUGUACUCCCUUACUCUACUCACUCUUCCUUGCUGGAGAUUUUCAAUAUCAUGUUCAUUUCAGUUCAAUAAUACUGAUCAAUGUAUUGAUCAGUAGUGUUGAUAUUGAUCGAUAAGUUGAUCAUUGUUACUGAUGUGGUCGUUGGUAUUGUUAAUAUUGAUAUGUCCAAUCAUUUUGAUAUGGUCGAUAUUGAUCAUUUAUAUUGACAUGGUUGGUUGAUUUCAAUCAAUAUAUUAAUCUUUGGCAUUGAUGCGGUUAAUACAGAUUGAUGUAGUUGGUUGAUAUUGAUAAUGUGUUAGUUGGGGAACAUUUAGAGUACAGUGAUCAUUAGUUUAGGUUGGCUAUGGAAAGGGGCAAGAAACAAUCCAGAGUAAGAAUAAUUAAAUGGAGAAAACCAACUUCAAUGGGGUAAGAAUGGAUCCGACCAGAUAAAUUGGAAUCAAAAGAUUGGCAGGCAAAAUGAUAACUGAACAAUGAGCUGCCUUUUAAAGAAGAGAGACUUCGGGCACAGUCAGGGUAUACUCCCACAAAGGGGAAAAGCAGGGCAAACAAAUCCAGAACUCCCUGGAUGAUGAAAAAGACAGAAAUUUAGAUGAAGAAGUGUGCUUAUGACACGUGUCAGGUGGGUAAUACAAUGGAGAACCAGCCUGAAUAUAGAUGGUUCAGAAGGGAUUGAAAAAGCAGAGGGUGUGAGAAGAGACUGGCAACUAACACAAAAGGAAAUCCCAAAGUCUUCUAUAGACAUAUAAAUAGUAAAAGGGUAGUAAAAGGAGGAGUGGGGCUGAUAAGGGACCAAAAAGAGGAUUUAUGCAAAGAGGCAGGAAGUUUAGCUGAGGUAUUAAACAAAUACUUUGCAUCUGUCUUUACCAAGGAAGAAGAUGCUGUGCAGGUCAUGGUGAAAGAGGAGGUAGUUGAGUCAUUCAAAGUGUUUAAAAGUAAUGAGAAGGUAUUGGAUAGGCUAUUUGUACUUGAAAUUGAUCAGACACCAGGAUCAGAUAAGAAACAUCCAAGGAUACUGAGGGAAGUGAGAGUGGAAACUGGCCAUAAUUUCCCAGUCUGUCCUAGACUUGGGUGGUGCCACAGGACUGUAGAAUUGCAAACAUUAUACCCUUGUUCAAAAAAGGGUGUAAGGAUAAGCCCAGCAACUGCAGACCAGUCAGUUUAACCUUGGCAGUGGGAAAGCUUUUAAAAACCAUAAUUCAGGACAAAAUUAAUAGUCACUUGAGCGAGUGUGGGUUAAUUAAGGAAAGCCAGCAUGGAUCUGUUAAGGGCAAAUCAUUUUUAACUUGCUGGAGUUUUUUUGAAGAAGUAACAGAGGGUUGAUGAUAAUGUUGUUGAUGAAGUGUACAUGAUUCCAGAAGAAUUUGAUACAGUGUCGCACAACAGACUUGUGAGCAAAGUUAUAGGUCAUGGAAUGAAAGGGACAGCAGUGGCAUAGAUACAAAAUUAGUUGAGUGACAGGAAACAGUGGUUAAUGGAUGUUUGUUGGACUAGAGGAAGGUUUGUAGUGGACUUUCCCAGGUAUAUACUAACGACCUAGACCAUGGUGUACGGGGCACCAGGAAGUUUGCAGAUGAUACAAAACUUGGAAGCAUUGUGAAUUGUGUGGAGGACAGUGUAAAACUUCAAAAGGACAUCUACAGCUUCAUGGAAUGGGCAGGCAAGUGACAUGAAAGCUAAUACAGAGAAGUGUGAAUGAUUCAUUUUGGUAGAAGGAACGUGGCGAGACAAUAUAGAAUAAAGGGUACAAUUCCAAUGGGGAUACAAGAGCAGACAGAGCUGAAUGUAUAUGUGCAGAAGUUACUGAAGGUGGCAAGACAGGUUGAGAGUAUGGUUAAUAAAGCGUACGGUAUCCUAGACUUCAUUUAAUAGGGGUAUAAGAGUACAAAAGCAUGGAGGUUAUGUUAAACCUGUAUAAAACACUCCAGCCUCAACUGGAGUAUUGUGUCCAAUUUUGGGCACCGCCCUGUAGGAAGGAUCUGAAGGCAUCAGAGAGGGUGCAGAAAAGAUUCACGUGAAUGAUUCCAGGAAUGAGGAACUUCAGUUACAUAGAUAGAUUACAGAAGUUGGGACUCCUUGGAGAAGAGAAGGUUGAGAGCAGAUUUGAUCGAGGUGUUCAAAAUCAUGACGGGUCUGGACAGAGUAAAUAGGGAAAAGCUUCCUAUUGGUGGAAGAGUCACGAGCAAGAGGGCACAGAUUAAAGGUUAUUGGCAUAAGAAGCAAUGGAGACAUGAGGAAAACUUUUUCACGCAGAGUGUAGUUAGGAUCUGGAAUGCGCUGCCUGAGAGUGUGGUGAAGGCAGGUUCAGUCAACACAUUGAAAAGGGAAUUGGAUUAUUAUCUGAAAAAGAAGAAUGUGCAGGGCCAUGGGGAGAAGGCUGGGGAGUGGCACUAAGUAAACCUUUUCUUCAGAGAGCCAGCACAAGCAAGUCUGGCUGAAUGGCCUCUAUCUGUGCUGUAACCAUUCUGUGAUUGAUUGAUUGAGAAAUUGACAUUGGUUUGUCGAUAUUGAUCAAUGAUAUAUGGAUGCUGGACUUUGUGUUGACCUGGUUGCAGCUAUUUUAUUGGAAAAAUCUUAUUCAGAUGGAGAGUUUAGGAAUUAUGCACUACCUUCCUAUUGUCUAGCCACAAUCUUUCCCUUCGGCACUCAAUUCACACAACCAGAUAGGGGUGCGCACAGUCCAUUCAAAUACUGCAUUUACCAGAUGUUUGUACUUAGUUUGUCUGUGAUUGAUCUUACUGUGGCAGUGGAAAGAUUUUGAUAAUCGGCAAAAUAUUAUGUAGAAAUUAAAUUUGAUACUGUUAUUAGGUCCAUGUAUGUGUUCAGGAGUUUCCAUUUUUCACUGUCUGCAGCACGUUCAAGUUUUCAUGUUGCUGUUAAUAAUAUUCAUUGAAAUGCCAAAUAAAUUCUGAAGUGGAGAUAA